UCAGCCGCCCGCGUGACGCCGGCCGCGCCGCGCGCCGAGGCACGUGACGCCGGUUACCCCGGCAACCGCCGCGGCUUCCCGUGCCCACCCACUCACCUAGCUCUCCCCCGGCUACGGCGAGCGGCGAGCGGCAGAAAGAGCCGGCGUAGGCGGGGGGCGAAGCGCCCCCUGCCCUUCCCUGCAGAGCCGGGGGCAGGUGAGGGAGAGCCCCGGCCGGGAACCGCUUCCCCCGCUUCCCGAGCUGCACCGCCCGGCCCGGCCCGGCCCGGCCUCCCACCGCCUCCCUUCUGCUCGGAGCGAACCCCGUUGUCAACAGGAACAGCACCCUCCCUCCCGGUUCCAGGAGGCAAGGGUUCGAUCAUCAUUCAGAAUCUGAAGUGGAGGAAUCUGAGGACCACACACCCAUAGUUGAAUCCCCACCAUCACUGGAUGACUUACCUGGCCUGGAAACACCAGCAUCUGCAGCCCAGCCGUCUGUAGUGGAAUUGCCACUAUCUGCAGACCAGCUGGCUGUCAAGAAGCCACCCCAUUCCGAGCACCAUUUCCAGCUCAUUGUAUAGUCUGCAUCCAGGGAAAGCUCACCUGAGAUCAGAUCACCUCUGGGUGAACUUCCAGGUUUCAAAGUCAAGAUGCACACCUCUGAAUCCACACAGGAUGGCAGUAACACCGUUGAGGCUGUGUUGUCAGCAGCAGAGAUUGCAUUUGAAUCAUUGGAGAAUCCAGAGGAUUUUGGAGACCCCUAUCAAGUUGCCAUGAAUUAUGUGGAGGAACAUAAAAUUCUACAGCUAUUUCAGGAUAUCACAGAAAAACUGCUGAUCCAUAAGCCUGAUGACCCCUUGCAGUUCAUAUUGCUGGAGGUGCAGUCUAUGAUAAAUGCCAGGCAAGCAGAACCGGAGAAACUAUCGGAAUAGAAGGAAGAUGUGUUGCAUGAGGAAUUAAAGAUGGCGAAAAGUGAUGAUUGCAUGCACAUCUUGCAGGGUCUGUUAGUCUUUGGGAAUGUGGUCAUUGGGAUGUGUGGCAUUGCCCUGACAGCAGAGUGUAUCUACGUUGUGUCCAACCCCCAUGGUGCCUACCCUCUGCUGAAAGCCACAGAAAGCAGUGGCAUCUACGCUGCUGCCUGGAUUGGCAUCUUUGUUGGCCUUGCACUCUUUGCCCUGUCUAUCCUUGGUAUCAUUGGAGUCAUCAAGGCCAGCAGGACCUUGCUGUUGGUGUACAUCAUCCUGAUGCUGAUCACUUUUGCAUUUGAAAUGGCUUCUAGCAUCACAGCAGCAACCAACCAAGACUCACUGACUCCAAAUGUCUUCCUGAAGCAAAUGCUGGAGAGAUAUCAGAAGUCAGAGCCAAACAAUAACAGUGAUGAUGAGGUCACAAAGACAUGGGAUGAACUCAUGCGUCAGAACCACUGCUGUGGGGUGAACGGCCCCUCCGACUGGCAGAACUACACGUCUGCCUUCCGCAGCACGCACAGCGACGCCGACUACCCCUGGCCACGGGCGUGCUGCGUGCUGGAUGCAAAAGGGCUCCCUGUCAACCUCGAUGGCUGCAAACUCGGAGUGUCUGGCUACUACAACAGCAAUGGUUGUUACGAUGCUAUGUCUGGGCCAGUGAAUGCACAUGCCUGGGGUGUUGCCUGGUUUGGCUUUGCCAUCCUCUGCUGGACUUUCUGCGUCCUCCUUGGCACCAUGUUCUACUGGAGUGGAAUUGAAUACUGAAGGCCUGCUGUCCUCAGUGCUGUCCUGAAGAGCCAUGUGAAACUGCAUUUGUUUGUCUCCCACUCCAUUCUCCUCAGGCCAUGGAGGAUUUGAAGUUUUCCCACUACCUCUCCUGCAUAUACUUUUGCCCCUCCAAAAACUCGACACAAAGAAGUGACGACUUCUGCAGGAAAGAAUCUUCUUGUCCCUGCCUUUGCCCCUUGUUCUGCAGUCUUAAUGCCUCCUGCCUGAAGCACAAUCCUUCUUUCACUGUGCAAGAAAUCCUGGAGCAUAAGAUGAGGAGAAAAAGUGAUCUGCUUUGUUCUCUGAUGACAUCAGAAAAGAAAAUGUCCAUUUACACUUGGUCCAGAAAAAUGUCUCUCUAAAAUUAGUUUGAAUGUAAAUUAUAAUACUCCAGCAAGGGGUAUGGGAGCAAAACUGUAACCUCCUGUGACCAAUAAGGGCAGAUGCUGCAAGGGAAAAACUGCAUAUUCUACUGAUCAACUUCUCUUGCUGGUCUCUGUCACCCUUGCCUUCGAAUAAGGCAAAUUCUCUGAGCAUUUAAGUAUGUCAGCAAUAAAAACAUCACAGAUAGACAGUCUGUUGCUAGUCAAGCCCAAGAAAAGGCUAGCUCACUCCUCAGCACUAUGCUGCCUAUAUGCAAGCCUACCUCCUGCCACUGACGAAACUACUGCAUGUGCUCCUACCUUCUGAAGUGCCAGUCCAGGAAAAGCUCCACCUGCUAACAAGCAGCUCCUUCAAAAAAGCUGUUCUCUACUUUGCACAAGAUUUCAUACAUCUACGGGCCAGAAUUUGUGCAGAACACAGGGGGUUCUCUGCUGUAGUUGCCUUUGCAAAUGUGGCUGUUCCAUGCUCCUGGUUUAUUGUGCUUUUUGCUUUAGCUACCUGUGUGUAAAUGGUCACACUCCCUGUGUCAUUCCCCUUCCACAUCCCUGGAUCAGGUAGGACAAAUGGCAAAUAAUGGCAGUGAGUAACUCUUGAGAAAAAAUGCAAGCAAGGAGCUAACUGAACCAAACCCAGUCCUUGCAUCAGCACUUGCUGUUUCCACUCAGUUGAAUAAAGGCUGCUUACUUUGGCCCAGACUGAGCUGGUGUCUUUCCUAGUGAAUGCUUCAGUAGUUAAUGUAUUGUGAGAAAUUUGCUCCUCUGUAGAGUGUUUUAAGGUGAAGCGUCUUCCACAGAUGUACUGGUUCAUGUCCUGAUGCUUGCCAUCUGCCUUGAUUCUUUGUUUUUGUAUAUUCACCAAAAUACUAAUUAAAAAGAAAUGGAAGUGAA